AUGAGGCCACCAUUGUUAUCCUUUCUUAUACCUCUGGCCCUUCUGGCUAUUCCCUCACAUGCCCAUAAUGAUUUCAGUAGUGAAAUCACGCCCCGAAAGACUGCAUUAAAUGACUUGCAAGCCGAGGGAGAUCCCGAGCUGGAAGAAUUUUUUGCCGCCAAUGAACGGCAGCUUCCAGCUCUAAAAGCUUGUCCUCUACCAUGCACGCAGACUGCAAAUAGUAGUGACAGCGCAGGAUGGUUCUUGUUCUUUGGUGCUGAGCGCCUUGCCUGGUGCAACGAGACCAUGCUGCUCGACUUUGUUGUCAAGACCUCUAUUGAUGAGAAGCAGAAUCCCAACAUUAGUAUCAGAGCCUGCACGGCAGAAUUUGGUGCAGAGACCAAAAAAGCAUACACAUCCAAUGAUGAAACUGCAGCCCUUUGUUCAACACCCAACCAUGUCAUGGCCAAUUCUGCCGUUCACAUGUUCCAUCCUUCGGUGGGCAACGACGAGCAGGGCUUUGACAGCAAGGACUUCUUGUCGGCUGGUCAUCAAGUGGUCCGUUAUCUUGCCUCUCAGAAACCUUCCUGCACCAAUAAUGCCAUGGCUUUUGGAUACUCUCAAACUUCAAUUGUUGGACUGUUUGCUGGGGCAGAAGUGCAUCAGCACGGGAUGGCGUUGGACAUCCUCAGCAGAUUAUUGAAAUAUGCGGAGACAAAUGCCAUGUCCCAAACAACAGUGCUUCAAGUAUGCGAAACCAAUGAUCGCGGUGCAGAUUACAGUGCUGGUAUCAUUGUCAGCAAUGCGAAAAACUUUGCGUUUGUGCAAAAAGUCGUCAAGACUUGGGCCGACGGGAAAUGCAUAUCCGAAACCAACGACAGCCAAGACUGGAUGACAGUUGAGCUAAGAAUUCCGCCACUCAAAGAUGCAUCUGGCAACAAGACUGCCAUUCCAUCUAAUAUAACCUCCGUCGCCUCACAAGUGCGUCAGUCACGCGUUGCUAUUCGGGCAGAGUGCAAGACCGCCAAAGUCCAAGCGGGAGACAGCUGCUCUACCGUGGCAGCCAGAUGCCGCGUUAGCCUGGCCGAUUUGCAAAAGUACAACCCUAGCAGUAAAUUCUGCAACACUCUUGUUGCCGAUCAGACAGUCUGCUGCUCUUCGGGCACCUUGCCGGAUAGCAUCCCAGCCGCAAAUUCCGAUGGGACGUGUAAGACAAUAUCAGUCCAACCCGGUGAUGACUGUGGCUCGCUGGCCAGCAAGUGCGGCCUCAAGGCCAGUGACUUUUCAACGGUCAACAGCGGCUCCAAGCUGUGCUCGACGCUGGCUGAGGGCCAGUUUGUCUGCUGUAGUCGCGGCAAGCUCCCCGAUCUGCGGCCCAAGCCUAACCCCGACGGAUCUUGCGCCACAUAUCAAACUGUGCAAGAUGACGGCUGCUCCAAGAUUGCCGUAUCGCGGGGGUUGACCGUGGCUGAUAUUGAAAGCUUUAAUAAGAAAACCUGGGGCUGGAAUGGAUGCGGUCCCAAUCGUCUCGCACUUGGAUUCAAGCUAUGCGUCAGUGAGGGAUCGCCCCCGAUGCCUGAGCCUGUCUCAAACGCCGUAUGUGGGCCUACGGUUCCAGGCACCAAAACGCCCAAAGCAGGAACUGACUUGGCCACGCUGAACCCGUGCCCGUUGAAUGUUUGCUGCAAUAUCUGGGGCCAAUGCGGCAUGUCUGAUGAUUUCUGCAUAAUCUCAAAGUCCGAAACUGGUGCUCCUGGUACUUCUGCACCUGGAAAGAAUGGCUGCAUCAGCAACUGCGGUAACGAGAUUAUUAAAGGAUCAGCGCCUGAAAAAACAAUGCGCAUUACAUAUUUUGAAUCUUGGAACAAGAACCGCGCUUGUUUAAACAUGGACGUUGACCAGAUUGACACGAGCUUUUAUACGCAUAUUCACUUUGCGUUUGCAAACCUGACGGCCGACUAUAAAGUCGACGUAAGCGGUGCGAAAGAUGAUUUUGAGAUUUUCAAAUCCAUGACUGGAGUAAAGAGGAUUAUAUCCUUUGGAGGCUGGGAUUUUAGCGCCUCUCCUGGCACUUUUAAUAUCCUGCGUGAAGCUGUGAAGCCCGAAAAUCGUGACGCGUUCAAAAACAGCAUUGUGGCCUUUGUGCAAGAGCAUGGGCUUGAUGGCGUGGACAUUGAUUGGGAAUACCCGGGAGCCCCUGAUAUUCCCGAUAUCCCUGCCGGCGACGCCCAAGCGGGAGUGGACUACUACAAGGCACUCACCGUUAUUAAAUCAGCUCUCGGUAGCUCCAAGUCUGUUUCUUUCGCAGCUCCGGCGUCCUACUGGUAUCUGAAGGCAUUUCCCAUGUCUCUUCUGGCCAAGACUGUCGAUUAUAUCGUCUACAUGACAUAUGACCUUCACGGGCAGUGGGAUCAUGGUAACAAGUGGACUUCGCCCGGUUGUCCCAACGGCAGCUGUUUACGAUCACACGUCAACGCAACUGAGACUCACGACGCACUGGUUAUGAUUACCAAAGCUGGUGUGCCCUCUAACAAGGUCGCUGUUGGCGUCGCUAGCUACGGCAGAUCCUUCAAGAUGGCACAAGCAGGCUGUACAGGGGAAAUGUGUACAUUCACUGGCACGCCUCGCGUCUCUAAUGCCGCUAAAGGUGCCUGCACAAAUACAGCAGGCUAUAUUUCCAAUGCUGAGAUAAACGAAAUCAUUAAAUCUGGUGAUUACACAAAACAGUGGUCGAAAGAUAGCUCGAGCUAUCUAGUCUACAACAAUACCGAAUGGGUGGCCUAUAUGAGUGACAUAGACAAGGCAAGUCGGUACAUUACAUACAGCCGCUACAACUUUGCUGGCACUUCUGACUGGGCUGCUGAUCUUUUGAAAUAUGUUGAUGGCGAGGGAGGAGUUGAAAUAACUAACUCGGACGUGGAGUGCAAGGCUGAGUAUAGCAAUCUCGACGACCUUCAAAGCAACGAAGACGACAUCCCUAUUGAGUGUGUGGUCCAAUAUGUCGCCCAAGUCCAGAUCAGUAUGAUGAGUGACGCUUUGGACAAAUACACAGACCUCGUCAACGACGGCUACGACGAAAAGUUUAAAAUCUACUCCGACUACGUCGCCGAACAGGUCCCCAUGCAGAUUGACCAGUUCAUGCUUGACAACGCUGACAAGUAUUUCACGUGUACAGGCAGCUAUAAAGCAAUGUGUUGUAGUAGCUGCCAAUGGGGUGGUUGCUUGGACAAUUGCAAAAAGGGCUCCGAUUGCAAAGAAGGUACGCAAACCGAAACCGUCAAAUGUCCAGACACUCUAAAGUAUGAGCUCAAUGCUCUUCCUCAAGACUACCUCCUCAUGAGCGCAACAUAUGAACUGGAUGAUAAGGAUGGCUUUUACAACGAUAUUGCCUCUCAGUAUGGUAUUGAAGAGUCAUGGAUUACCUUUGGCAGUCGGGAUGUCUGGCCCGGGGCAAGUUGUCAGUUCAGCAAAGACCCCAGACAGUGUCAGAAAGACUGGGAUUAUUGGUACUAUCAGUAUCCCCAACGCUCAGACGACAUGGAGGUGUACAACCCUAAAGAUCUCAUUGGUCAAUCCUAUGACAAAACAGAGGACCUCAUACAGCGUCUGCAGAUAAUUGAAAGGUUUGUGGACGUGGACGGCGGCUGGAUAUGGGCAGAUUUGCUUGAUGCUUCGACCAUGCCUGCCUUGUCAGUCAAGGCUGCCGUCGAGAACAUGGAAGCAAUAGUCAAGAAGGCCGACGAGAUUGAAAAAGAGGAGCGCGAAGCAUUCAUUAUGAACUUUGUUACGAGCAUCCUUUUCUUUAUCCCCAUCAUCGGAGAGGUGGCUGGAGAAGCUGGUCUGACAGCGGUCCGUUCCAUUUUGAGGCUGGUGGGUAACCUUGGAGACCUGGGCCUUUUGACGUAUGGUAUUGUCAAAGAUCCGAAGAGUGCAUUCAUGGCUAUUUUUGCUGCUCUAGCUGGAGCUGGUGCUGGGCCGGCUGGGUUCAAAGAUGCUGCUGAUAGGAUGCGAAGCAUGGGCAGGGCUGAGAGAGAAGGCUUAGGGCCGAGUAUUACAAAGGACUUAGAUAGGAUCUGGGAGGUGCGCUCUGGUGUCUGUAAGAUCUAA